AUGGUGGUCACCUCCUUUUUCGUUUCAGAUACACUCUUCCAGCUGAAGUUCACGGCAAAGCAGCUGGAGAAGCUCGCCAAGAAGGCCGAGAAGGACUCGAAGACUGAGCAAGCCAAAGUCAAGAAGGCCCUUCAGCAGAAGAACGUAGAAUGUGCUCGCGUCUACGCCGAGAACGCCAUCCGGAAGAAGAAUGAGGGGCUAAACUGGCUUCGGAUGGCUUCCCGCGUGGAUGCCGUGGCCUCCAAGGUCCAGACAGCAGUGACCAUGAAAGGGGUGACUAAAAAUAUGGCCCAGGUGACCAAGGCCUUGGACAAAGCUCUGAGCUCCAUGGACCUGCAGAAGGUCUCGGCGGUGAUGGAUAAAUUUGAGCAGCAGGUGCAGAACUUGGAUGUUCACACUUCGGUGAUGGAAGACUCCAUGAGUUCUGCCACCACCCUGACCACGCCGCAGGAGCAGGUGGACAGCCUCAUUGUGCAGAUUGCGGAGGAGAAUGGAGCCAAUUGCGGAGGAGAAUGGAGCCAGCUCCCCGAGGGGGCGUCGGCAGUGGGGGAGAGCUCUGCGCGCACCCCGGCAGACCAGCUGUCCCAAAGACUGGCUGCCUUGCGGAAUUAAACCUUCCCACUGCUCUCACGGAUUGCUGGCCCCUCCUCAUCGUGCACUGCGGGGGGCGAUGGGAGAGACCCCUCCCCACCCUCCCAUUGCCUCCCUGCUCUGGCUGGCUCCCAAAGCCAGGACCGGCCGCCCGACGCCCCG